UAUAUGUACUCUUGCUUGUAUUGUAAUGUUUGUUGUUUUUGCAGAAAUAACAAAAUUAAAAUAAUCGGUAUUUACGUACACUUCGGAUGCGCCUGCGUACUCGUCACCGCUGUGCCCGUUUCUGCUGUCCACAGUGCCCUUUCUGCUGCUUUCCUGUUUUUUUCUCUCUAGUUCCGCACUUGGCUUCGCAGCACGAUUCUCAGAUAUAUCAUCCUCAGGCAUAUACUGUAUAAUACACUGGACAAGUCAGGUCCCAUCUAUUGCUUUAUUAUACUACUAAUGUCGGGUUUACGAAACUCUUAGAAAUAGUUCAUCCUCCAAUUAAGAAAAGUUGUUUUACAUUUCAAAAGUCUUGAGUGUAGCAGAUUAUUAUUUUUGUGCACAAAGACCACCAUGUCUCGGAGUUUAUCUCAGAGUGGUGCAGACGGGCAGGACAGGGGAUGUGAGGGCAUGAAUGGCGCAGGUGGGCAGAAUCAGCGGGGGGGGGCCGUACAUGCCAUCAGCGGCCCUGCAACACACAGAAAACAGCCAGAAAUCCGGUUAGUAGUCGGGUUCUGACUCGGAGUCAGGGUCCAAGGCUCUGACAGUUUCAGGCAGAUGGCUGGAUUACUCUCAGUCAGGAAAUGUUUCGAAGUCAUUCUUUGUACGCUUUUGAUUUAAGAGAUGGUAUCCGCCCCUAUGUUGUGUUUGCAGCCUUUGGAAUUGGACUGGGUGUAGUAAUAGGAGGGUGUAUCGUUUAUGUGUUCACUUCUGAAGACCGAAAACAACAGGCCAAUGAGGACCAAAAAGGCCAAAAGGUUCAACCUAAACGUAAGAGCCAAAUGACCCAAACGGAUCAGCCAGACCACACAGCGAAUGCCAAUGAGGACCGAACCAGCCAAGAGGUUCAAGCAAAACCUGAGAGGGACGAAACAGGCGAAAAGGAUCAACCAGACCACACAGUGAGUGUGGAAGUGACCCUGGAUGUGAACACAAUCAAUCCCUACUUGUGUGUGUCCAAAGACUGCAGGGAAGUGAGGUGGACAGACAGAAGACAGACUCUCCCAGACACCCCAGAGCGGUUCGAUGAAUACCCCUGUGUGCUGGGCACCAUAGGACUGAACAAGAAGGGGUGCUACUGGGAGGUAGAGGUUGGAGGCAAGAUGUCCUGGGAGCUGGGUGUGGCCACAGAUUUGGUCCACAGGAAGGGUCAGCUGACAUUGAGCCCUCAAACAGGCUUCUGGGUCCUCAGUCUUUGGGAUGGGAAGCUGACGGCCCUGACUGACCCAGAGACCCCACUGGACACAGACGUUCCCAGAAGAGUGGGGAUCGAUGUGAACUAUGAGGAGAAGAAGAUCCGCUUCUACAAUGUUGAUGAGGGCACCAUCAUCUACACUUUUCAAGAGCGAAUUGACAGAACAGUCCGUCCUUUCUUCUCCCCUGGGAGCAACGAUCAAGACCCUCUGAUCAUUAUCACGUAAUUAGAAAUUAUUAAAAAAGUAUCUUUAGUACACUGUGGAAGAAGUAACUUGAGACCUUAGCCUUAAGAAACAAUAUGCUGGUGUUUAAGCUGUUUUUGCGUUUCUUGUAUUACUUUCAUUUUGCCAUUCUCAUAAGAGACAAAGGCCAUAGUUUUGCCAGAAAUGUAGAAGGUUUAAGAACAUCGAGUGUAAAUGGAAACUGAAACAUUGCAAAAACAAUACCAUGUUUAUUUAUGAUCCCAUACUGGAAUUUAGAACUUUUUAAAUAAAAUGUUUGUUUUUAAAAUCA